AUGGAGGCAUGCAGUAGUAGUAGUAGCUUGAAUUCGACAACGAAAUCUCCACUUCGAACGAUACCAAAGGUGAGGACUAGUUUUCGGGUUUCUAGGCCACGCGGUUUUAUCGAAGAUUUCCCGUCAGGCGGAAGGUAAUUAAGAGGCAGAACGGGAUAUUUUCAAUAAAAAUCUAUUUUUUGACACAUUUUGUAAAAGGUCAAUUGAGUUUAAGAAAUUCCUUCAUCUCUAAACCUAUCUGAAAGUUCCCAGGGCCGAGUUUGGUUUCCUAGGCCACGCCGAAAUUUUUUCAUUUUUUUCGCGAAAAAAAUUCGGUUUUUUUCAUUUUUCACUUUUCAUAGCCGGAAAGCGCUUAAAAAUCUCUCGAGAAUUAAAAAAGAACAAAACUUAUUCUCAUGAAUUUAUUAUACAUAGACGCAAAAAAACCCAGAAAAUUGCAGAUCCGAAUAUGUGCAAAUGUAAGCCAAGAGGAUCUGAACACGAAACGAUGUCAACUAUCAGAAAAUCAACAAAAUCUAUGUGUUGAGGGUAAAAACUAUUCGCGCGGUGUUUUCGACCACGUUUUCUGGCCCGAUUCGUCGCAAGACGAUAUUUCCCACGCAUUCCUACACGACACCAUAAAAUCCGUAGUGCUUCAAGGAAAUGAUGCGACAAUUUUGUCAAUGGGCUCAAAAUCCGCGGGUUUGUUGUCUUAUUUUUUUUGUUGGUUUUCUCUGGUUUUCAAGGACUCUUUUAGGCAAAGACGAGCGAUUGUAUGGUGAAAAUAUUGGAGGAAGUACUUCAAGAAAUGGGCUCGUUCAAAUCGCGAUAACACAAUUGAUGACACUUCUAGAAGAGAUGAGGUCAGCAGUUUUCAGCAAGAAAAAACAUUGAUAACCUAAAUUUGUUUUCAGAAGUGAUGAAGAGCGUGUUCAAGUUCGAAUGAGCGCAAUAAUGAUUUCACAACACGAUUCGACUAUUCUCGAUCUUCUCAGUCCUUUCAAUCCCGAUCCACGUCAUCGAAUUGUCAGAUUUGUUGAUGAUUUGAGAACCGGUGUUUAUAUUGAUAACGAAUCCGAGAUUCGCGUGGAAUCUAUUGAUCAGGCACUAUUCUAUCUGAAUACAGCGGUAGAUCAUAGACUAAUCCGUAAGUGUGAAAAGAAUAAAGAUUUUUGUGCACGUGACCUUCUCUCCAUCAAAUCCAAUUUUUCUAGAAGACGAAGCGACGCAUCGAACAUGCCACGUGUACAUCUCAUUAUCAGUUUAUAGUCACAAUUUAUCUGAAACUGAAAAAUCAGGAGGCCGUCGACGAUUAUGUUUCCUUGACAUGGGAAUUGGUGAUCGGAAUUCAAUGGAUAAAGGAAUCACAAUGCCCGGAUUGGGAAGUAUUUUGUUGGCAAUGGUUCAACGCAACAAGCAUGUGCCUUUAAGGUAUCCAUAUUUUUUUAAAUUGAAAAUAAAAUAAAAUAUUUUUCUGAGAAAAACAUGAGAAACUCCCCAAAGACAUUUUUUUUUGACAAAUUGUUGCGGUAAGUGAAAAAGUUGUAAGGAAUAUAUUUUGCAUCUUUUUUUUUCAUAAAAAAGUCUCUGGGGAAUUUUUUGAAGCAAAAAUUUUUGAGCAAAAAUAAGUUUUAAAAAAUAAAAGUUUUUGCAGGGAGACAACAACUUGUCAAUUAAUACGCUGUGCAUUAUCGAGCUCCAGAUUCACCACAUUUCUCUUCUCAUUUGGGUCUCGAAACGAUGACAAUGAGAAUAUCGCUCAUCUUGCUUGUAAAAUAGCGAGAACUCGGUUGAAAAAUGCAUUUGGCGGCUCGAAUUCAACACUGUUGAAAAAUAAGAAACAUCUGGUUGGUUUUUUUUAGUUGGUUGAGGUCUAAUGAUGAAAUAUGUUGCGAACACAUGUGUUUGAAGAAUUUUUUAAAAGUUUUUUUUAGUUGAGAGCAAGUCUUGGGCUUUUUAAGUCGGACAAAGGCUAAUUCUAAAGUUAUUUUUUUUUCAAAAAUGCCACGUGGCAAAAAAUGCGGAUCUCAAAUUCAAAAAGAAAUCUCCACUGAUCCCGGAAACCUCUCGCAACAUUUUCUUUCUUUCUUUUUUUGCAACAAAAAAAAUAAUAACGAAAAAUGAAAUUUGAUCCGAUUAAUAUGUAUAACAAAUAUUUAGUAAAUAAAAAAAAAGUAUAUUUCAUUUUUCUUCCAGAACAAUAAUUCAAGUGAGGCGUCUUCAAGUGAUACAACAAGUAGAAAUCGGCGAGAUUUGGAGAGCGGAUCGGAAUUCUCGGCGGCUGAAACUGUCAUCUAUUUGGGACCCUCGACUUCAUCAGGUGAGACAUUUUAUAUUUUAUUUUAUGAAUCUGACUAAUUGACAACUGUUCUUGAGAUUCACUUAAAAAUGAGACAAAAAGAGAUAGGCGGGUGGGUAAAUACGAUUUUUGAUUGCCUAUCAUUUUUUAUGACUUGAUUUGUUGUUGUUGUUUUUCUUGGCACCGAUUUUUUGUGUCAUAAAAAUAAGAAAUAGGUGAAGAAGUGAUGGCUUCUGAAGUAACAGAACCUAGAAACCCUAGUUGUCAAGUAGGCGCUCCUUAGAAAGCCGAUUGUCUAGGACUGGCGCCGAGAGAUCUACUCUAGCAAGGAGCCGAUCCUUGAGAUCUUCUAUGCCAAGAAGACGACCCAGAAAAUCUUGAUUUUCCAGCAAAACUUUGGAUCUUCUCAUUUUCUCCCAGAUCUCUUAUAUCUAGAUAGAAUUAAUUAAUCUCUUAGAUUCCAACACAAAACCAACAAGAAAAAAAACAGUUUUUAGUGUAAAAUGAAAAUGUACAUUUGACAUGUCACUUGGAUGUCUCUUUUUUCCAAAAAAAAGAUUUUCAAGUACUCAUCAAUCAUUUCCUCUUUUUUCAUUUGUCUCCCUUUUGACUCCCAUUUUUUUGUCGAUCUUGUUGUUUCUUGUUGUUUUGUAGUUUGAAAUAUUUUUGGGUCAUUUGAGAAGUUUCGUGGAUUGAAGUUGGGUUAAUUGAGAAUUUGACGGAGAAAAUCAAGAAAUUCUAAAUUUUUGGUGAUGUUCCAAAGCGAGGAAAAAUUGAUUUUUUUCAAAAUGUUUACCAAACAUUGUUUUGAAUUCUCAAAAGCUACAUAAUUUUCAAAAUAUUCAAUUUUUUUCUCCAAAAAAUCUAAUUUUCAGAUUUCCCAAGAGCCUUAUAUUUUUAGACCUAAUUUUCACGAAUUUCAUGCGCUAGAUUUGUAAUUUCAAAAAAACUCUUCAGAUUAGAACUAAAUUUUAGCGGAAAAUCCAAUUUUCUAGGAAAAAUCUGGAAUUCGGGCUUUCCAGGCGCGCCUUCUUGACAUAUAAGCUCAUAAGGCUCGUUUACUUGAUGUAGAGGCUCUCAAGGCGCGGCUUCUCGCCAGAUAGAAGUUCUAGAUGCGGGUCCCAGAAAAUUGAGUUAUCUAGGCUCGGCUCCUAGCCAGAUAGGAUCUCUAGAUGCGGCUCUUAAUACGGCGUCCAAGUGAAAAAGAAGCGUACGCGAAAACGCGUAGAUUCGCGUUACUUUUUGCAAAAACGCGUGUGUUUGGACAAAAAAAACGCGUAGAUCUACGCGAUUCUACGCGUUUUCGCGUACGCUUCUUUUUCACUUGGACGCCGUAUAAGAAAUUGAUGCUUUUAGGCGCUGCUACUUGCUGCUACGGCGCUGAACCUUGAUAAUUGAACUUUCUAAGCGUGGUUACUUGACAACUCUAAUUUCUAAGCGUGGCUUCUUGGCAUAUAAGUUCUCAAGUCGUGGCUCCGAUAAUCUUUAGAAUUUUCCCUUCUGGGAACCACGAUUUUAGCCAAAAUGUGUCUACACAACUUGCCGUGUUCACACUUUUCUAAUCUCCAAAACUUUCCCAACAACCAUUUUCACACCAAUGUAAACAAUCAAUCACCACAUUGUCAUCAAAAGUUUCUUUUUUUUCCUUUUUUCUUUCUCGCUCGCUAAAAAUCACAAUAUAUCAGAUCAUUGCAUGUGAUGAUUAAAUCUUUUGCAAUGUUUUUGUUGUUUAUUAUUAUUAUCUCACAAAUAUCUAUAGCUAGGCUAUCCCACUUAUUUCUCUCUUCCCCCCAUUUUUAUCCCUUCUCGAAGGCGGUGUGCUCUUUUACUCCUCUUCUCCAGGAAGAUUGCGACAUAUACCGAUGAUCUUUAUUAUUUCUCGGCCAUCUCUAACCGCCUGUAAUAUUAUUGCUAUUUUUAUUACCCUCUUUUAUGCAAUGUUUAUACUUUUUGGCAGGAAGAGACGAGGUCCUAUUAUUACUCAUAAUAAUAAUAAACCAGACAGCGAGAAAUUAUCAGGUUCUUCUUUUUUUUUUCUGAUAUUAUUAUGUGUUGUUUUUUUUGUGACCACUUUCUCAUUUUUGAUCUACCCGCCUUACCGAGAAAAAUAUUAUCAAUUUUUCCCCAAAAAAAAAUAUUUUCAUUUUCUAGUGCCAUCUACACCUACACGAGCACUUCAUCGAACGAGUCGAACGAAUAGUCAGACGAAUAUUUCGCUAGCUGGAAGUGGAGCUGAAGAUUUGACGAAACCGUUGAGUAUUGAGACUAAGGUUGGUGGUUUUUUUGGAAAAUUUUAGGUUCAAAUUUAUGCCACGUGGCAUUUUUCUGUGCAAAAUUUGAACUCGUCUAGAUUUACUUUUUUUUUAAUAAAAAACUUAACCUGGAAUUGCCGAAACGAAAAUCAAAAAUAUCUUGAAUAAAUAUUAUUUCAAAAAAUUCUGAAACCUAUUUUUUCCGGGAAAUUUUUUUUAAAAAAAAAACCUAGAAAAUUUUCAUUUUGGAAUUUAAUUUCGAGUUUUCAUAAAUCAAGAAUUUUUCCCAACUCUUAAAAUCUGAACCUCUGAAAUUUUUCGCAUUCGAAAAUUCCCUGAAAAUUCCUAAAAUUGGAAUUUUUAACAUGAUUCCUGAAAAUAGGCAUGAGAAAUAAUAUCUACGAAAAUUUUGAAUUUAUGACACGUGGCAUUUUAAUGUGCAAAAUUUGAACAUAAAAUCUGAAACUCGUCUAGAAAAAUGUUAUUCUCUUUAAAAAAAUUUCAAAUGAAAAAAAAUUUUCAAAAAAUUCAAUUAAUGAAGUUGCGAAAACGAAAAUCACAAAUAUCUAGAAUAUUUCAAAAAAUUUCUGAAACCUAUUUUUUCCGGGAAUUUUUUUAAAAUAAAAAACCUAGAAAAUUUUCAUUUUAGAAUUUAAUUUCGAGUUUCCAUAAAUCAAGAAUUUCUUCCCAGCCAACCCAAAAUGCUCUUUUCGAACACCCCAAUAUUUUCUGCAAAUUCUUUAGAAAUUUUGCUCAUCUUCCAAAAGCUCUAAUGAAAUUUCCGGUCAACAUCAAACAUUGCUCAUGUUUACACUUAAUUAGCAUCCCCUCCCCCACCUUUUUUGAUCCGCCAAACAAUGCACAUUUUAUUGGAGGGCUCAUUAUUAUUAUUUAUAUUUAUAUAUUGUAUUAGUAUUUUUUGGCGAUGGCGAUGAUGAAUAAGCUUUUUGUGGUUGGCUUUUUGACACCAGCCGACACUAUUUUUGGUGGGAAACAUUGGUGUGACGCAUCACUGGUUUUUGAUUUGAUUUGAUUUUUCUCUUUUUUCUGCUUAUAGUCGUUCUUUUUCUUGGGAAAAAGUUGCCAGUUUCUCAAGAAACAGAUGAAAAAUUAUGAAAUUUGAUAGUUUUCCUGAUUUUUUUUGAUGUUUGCUUAGACUAGAUGGGUGGUUUUUUCUAGAUAGAGAUAUUUUUAGCUCCAGAAUUAACCUCUUAUGAAAAAUGUGAGCUUGAAAAUUUACGUUUCAAAAUUUUUAUUAAUUUUGUGGAGGGAUUUUUUAACAGUCCACAUGUUUCUAUAGAAAAAUGUAAUAAGCAAUUAAGAAAAACUUGCAUUCAAGUUUUGAAGAAUUCCCAAAAUUUUUGAAAGAAUUUGAAAUUUUUGGGACUACAAUUUAGAAGUUUAAGUAUUAGUUAUAAUUUUCAGCGAAUUUAGAAUUUUCGAAAUUUUUAUCGAAAAUAUGGGAUUAUUUAAUUUUUUUUCAGUUUUUCUGAAUUUUUCACCUAUUUUCUGAAUCAAAAAGUUUUUCAAUUUCCUGUUUACUUUCUUUAUUCCUCCCUUUCUUUAUUUUCCUCCUUCCUUCAAUAAACAAAUAAUUUGGUUGUAGAACAAAAUAAAAUGAAAAUUCAUAAUGAAUGAAAAUGAUGUAAUAUAAACUUUGAAAUAGCGCAAGAUGUGCGAAAAUGUAAACAUCCUAUAAGAAAAUUAGUACUACUUUCUUCCUUUUCAUUUUCAACAUAAAAAUUGGAGCCAAUUUGUAAAUAGUCUCCCCGGAAACAUCUUUUUUUUUUCUGGCCAAAUAUUAUAUCAUGCAAUAGAAAUCUAAACGACUAGUUGUAAAAAAAUCUGGUCAUUUUUGGUAAUAACAGAUGUUCCCCUGUUUUCUUUUUCUUUUUCUACGCCUUUCCCGUUUUGUCAUUUUUUCUGUUCAACAGAUAUUUCAUUCUGAGAUUUAUGUGAAUCUCAAUAAUUUCGUACAAUUUUGCAAUUUCGAAUAAAUUUGCAGUCUUCUCCGACACACUCGAUUCCGCCAAUGUUGAAAGGACAUACGCCGUUUUUCUCGAAUUCGCUGAAAUUGUAUGAUGAAUUGUGUUCGCCGCCUGGAACGUCGAAAACAUCGCCAAAUGCGUUUGGUGGAGUUAGUUUGGAGGUUGGUUUUUGUCUAGAAUUUUUGGAAUUGCCAAAGAGCGGCGCCUGGAGAUCCAUGUGGAAAGGAGCCGCGCCUUGAGAAUAUAAAUCUCAAGGAGCAGAGCCUAGGGAUCACAAUUUGGAUUUAGUUUGAUUUUUAAUUAAAAUUUAAGGUUGCCUGACCAAUUUCUGACCCAUUUUUGAAACGCAAUUUUGAGCAGAAAUUUGCCAGAAUCUUUGAAUGUUUUACCCUUCCGGAAUUGUAUCUGAAAAAUUUAUUUCAGUUUUGAAAACGUGAAAUUGUCUCUGAAAGCUUCCAAAAAACGUUACAAAAUUUGCAAAUUCAAAAAAAAAUAUACAUGAAAUUUGAUAGUAUCCAUUGUUUAUGAUAGUAUUCAUCAUCAUAAUUUUAAUUAUAUUAUUUUGUUUAUAUUUUUCACACAUUCUGUAUUAUAUCAUAUUUCACACCACACAGCUGAUAUAUUUUCAAAAAAUCAUAAUAAUUUUUUGUAGGACCGCGACGAUUUUGGAAUUAUGAUUGCGGAAGCGCCCAAAACGCCAUCAUCGAUUGCUAGUUCGAAACAGAAGAAGUGAGUUUUGGAAGGGAUUUUUUGGGAUUGGGGUAGAAUUGGGAAAAAGUGUUGCACUUUCUCAUGAAAAUCACACAUUUUCUUUAAAAAUUGCAUUUUUCUCAUUUAUUUAUUGUUGUGUUUUUCUACUCAUCUUUUUUUCUUCAAAUUCACAGCUGACUGACCGGAAAUCUUUACAAAAUGAGUGAAAUUCAUAAAUUUUCUUCCCUCAAUUCACAUUCGAAAAUUUUUGCACUCUCUGUUUCUCUUUUGUUAACAGCCGCUCUCUCUCCCCUCUCGCAUUCUUGUAUUUUUCAUCUUUCAUCUGAAUUUUGAUCCGCCUUUUAGCUACUUGCAUUCUCUAGUUUCACAGUGAAAAUGCCGCAAACUUCGGCGAUUUUUGAGAUUCGAAGUUCGCAAAUCACGCUUUUCAAAUAUUUGAAAUAUACUAUGCAAAGGGUUUUGUAAGUUUUUCUUUGGAGAAUUUUUUGAGGCUUGAAUUUUUACGUUAAAUUCAAUUUGAGCAGCAGUCGGAAAGAUUUCGGAUGAGAUUUCGUUUUCAAAAAUUGCUCAGAUCAACUUUGAACAUGACCUAUGACGUGGCAACAAUUUUAAAACACAUAAAACUUCAUUUUUUGGCAAAAAUUUUUUUUGCCACGUCAUAACUAAUUUUCAGAGCUGAGAUUACCCGAUUUUUGAAAUCAGCAUCUGAAACUACAGGUUAAAAUUUCCUUACAAAAAUAUUCAUAAAAAGUUUUAAAAAUUUUCAGAAUAAAAAGUUGUAAAAUUCAUAUUCAAAAAUUUUCCAGAUACAAUCUCGAUGAUGGAAAACGAAAACAAAUAAUGAAAUGGAUGGAAGGAUCCGAAUCGCCGCCAGUUCUCUACACAACACCAUGUUACGAUCAAAAUUGGGAGGAAACUGGCGGAAUCCUAUCGCAUCCCCUCGAAGAUAUCAUUGAACAAGAGGAAGAAUCGAUGAAAACAUCGAGUGGCUCGAAAAAGGAUCAUCCGUUGCGUAUUUUGAGUCGACAAAAUUUGGCGGAAGAGAAAAAGGUAUUUUGAUACGCGAAAACAUGUGUUUUGACAACAAGUUUUGUUAUUUUGUUGGAACUUUUGUUGGUUUUUUGCUAUUAAAAAAGAAAAAUAAAAGGAAAAAACACACCGAGGCUUGAUGAUUGAUUAGCGAACGAGCACCAAUCAAUCUUCUAUUUGUACUAUUUUAGCCUAGAUCAAAAUUCAAUUUUUUCAGGAAGGAUCUUCGGAUGAGACUGAACUCGAAUUAGUGAUGGCUGCCAGUUUAUCAUCGAUGAAAUCGCAUGAUAUAUUAGCGAAACUUGAAGCAUUGAGAAAUACAGCGAGCGGAGUGUCGUUGAACACAACAUCCGAUGAAAAUGCGUCGGAAAUGGCGGUUUAUCGAAGAGCGAGUCAAUUGGAAGAAUAUGCAAUGUUGAGAGUGAAAGAGAUUGAGGAGAACAAAUUGAAAGGGAAAAAGAAGAAAUUGGGAGGAUUGAAUUGUUGCCAAAUUCAGAGUAUGGUUUCGAGCGGAAGUACUGUGGUUGAUUGGAGUCAGAUUGAGAAGAAAAAGUGAGUAGCCUUGAUUCUUGUGUGUUUGUCUGCUUGAAAAAAGGCAGCUGGUGAUUGAUGGUUGUAUUUUGGUAUAAUUGCAAAUUGCAUAACAGAUGAUUUACAAUCUGGAAUAUAUAUAUGACCGGGGUAGAAAGGUGUUGGAUUACAGUGACUUUUUGGUAGUUAGAAGAAAUUUUAAGGCUCCCGAGAGGUUUUUUUUUUAGUUUCCAGAGUGAUUCUUUAAGACAGUUUUGAGAAAAAAUUCUGAAUCGGACCAUUUUUUGAGGAUUUGUUUCAAAAUUUGAAAUCUAUAUUUUCACCGAAAAAGCACCGAGUUUUUUCCAAAUUAAAAAAAUAGAAAUAUAUGAAAACUGACAGUUAGGGAGCCCUAGAAUGUUUAAAUUCAUCUCAAAAAAUCCCUAUUUUUCCAGAGAGCAAGAAAAGUGUGCGCAAGAAGAAGAGCAACGAAAAGAAGCCCUUCGCGAACGCCGUGCUCGCCUCAAAAUCACCGAACUCGAAAUCAAACGCGAGCGAAGUUUGAUUGACAAAGAACUUGAUGAUAAACGCGGUUUGGCCAACUCUAUCGCCCGCCAACUUCAGCAUUUCUCCCUUUCACCGUGUAGAUCUGGACCAAAACAUCUGAGAUCCAGUUCUUCGAGCACUCAACAUCAUCGAAUUGAUCCACCAAUGUGCUCACUUCCAUCAACUCCAACAAUGUCGCAUCGAAAAAUUAGCGAGCAGAAAAGGUUUGUAUUGAAGAAGGGGGCGGGAUGAGAGAGGGUGUAAUUAUUUUGGUGUUUUCUCACCCACUCGACUUUUUGACACUUUUUGUUAGAUGCGAUUAUCCCAUCAUUAUUUAUUAUUGUUACAUGUUUUUAUGCAAACUUUAUUUUAUAGAUCAAUGCAAUCUUCGAAUAACUCUUUGCCACGUCAUCAUUCACGUAGAAAAUCAUCGGCUGAUAAAUUGCCACCAACUUCCGAACGAAAAUCAUCAAAAGAUCGACGAACUCGAACAAAUAGCAACAGCAAAGAUGAUGAAUUAUUAUGGCGAAGUCCAUAUUCUCACAUGACUUCUCCCAAAACAUAUGGUGGACCGGGAACCUCAUCGUCUGGAAGAGGAUCUUCUGUGCCCGGAUCGGAUUUCGAACACAAUGCGACCAGUUCGUCGAUUGUGCCGGGAACUGAGAAACGAUCGAAACGACAAUCGUAUUCGGCGUCGAGUGGAUAUGAAUCGGCUUCCAAUGAUUAUCAUUGUUAUAGUGAGUUUUUUACUGGAAAAAUUAGAUUCAAAAUUUUGAAAAAAAUUCAUUUUAAAUUUUUUUGUUCAAAAACUUUGGUAAAAAUGAAAUUCCGAACUAAAAGCUUCUGAAAAUCUAAUUUUAAAUAUUUUCAAAAAAAUGAAUUCUGUCUAACAUGGAAAUUUUGAACUGAAAAAUUUUUCCACAAAAAUUAGAUUGGCAGCUUUAAGAUUUGGUUUCAAAAUUUUAGACAUUUUUGAGAACUGAAGUUCGAAAAUACCAAAAGUUUCAGUUCAAAUUCAAUUUUUUUUCUCAAAAAAACAUCUUUAAAACUUAUAGGCUAGGAUUCUGUUGCCUUGAAAUUAUUCUAAAUUUCAAUAUCUAUUUUCCAGCAAAAUCAUCAAUCUUCGACAAAGUCAAAAAUGCGAACGAAGAACGUAUGAAUUUCGCGCGCCAAGCCGAUCAAAUUCGCCACCGCCAACGACAACUCAAAAAAGAGCUCGAAGAUGCGAAAAGAGCCAUCGGACAAGUCGACGAUGUUCGAGUUGUAAAUGAUCAUCAAAAUUUGAAUGGAUUAAGUCGAACAACACUUAUCGAUACAUUAUUACAAGAAAAUCGAAUAUUGGAAAAACGACUGGUUGCGUGUCGAAAUCAUUCGAUGCUUGUUACCACUUUUAUUUAG